GCUAUGCACUGGAGAAGGAAGCAGUCAAAAGCAAAGUGGGGGAAAAAGUCAGCCUGCCUUGUUGUCAUGAGAUUCCCAGCUCGGAAAGCCUGCGUGAUUACCGGGUCUACUGGCAGAAGAACAUUACAGAGGUAGUGCUUGCCUAUGCAGAGGGCAAGGAGAUCUCCAAGAGUGAGCGGUACGAGAACCGCACAGACAUGGACAACAGGACCCUCACCCUGUGGAUCUCCCCUGUGCAUAUCCUGGACAAUGGCUCUUACCAGUGUGUAGUUCAGCACCUUGGAGCUUCGAAGAACCCAUCUGUUGUGUGUGAUAAGACUAUCACCCUCUUUGUUACAGCUGACUUCACUAAGCCGAACAUAACAGCAGAAGUAUCUGCCGGUCCUUGUGAAUCAACUGAGAUGGCGGUAAGAUGUUCUUCUCACGGAGGUUUCCCCAAACCCACAAUCUCUGGAGCCCUCAACAAUAAGUCCGUGGUGUGGAAUGACAGCUGGGUGUCCAAGUCCAGCCUCAGCCUGUACAACGUCACUGCCAAAGUGUGGCUCAGCGUGACCGAAAACGCCAGCUUCACUUGCUCCGUUGAAUACAAUGGCUUUUCCAAGUCCACCAGUUUGCUUCUGAAAAAAUCAAGUUCCUGCAUUGUCCCUACUGUGCCUCCAGCUUCUAAUGUCAUUACUGCUUCAAGUAUCAUCAUUAUCAUCUUCCUUUUGGCUAUCACCCUAGCAGCAAGGUACCUCCCAAGGCGUGCCUGUUCUCGCUGUUGUAAGCCUCAGGAUUCAGUGGAAGAGGAUGUGAAAGAAUGUAUGAAGCCUGUAAGCUCUAAAGUGACAUCUGAAAUGUCAUCUGUAUGA